CCAACUUGUUCUAUAUACACACUCAGCCUCUCUCAUCAAUUCACAGUUUGAUUCAAACAAAACAAAACCCAAAUUGUUGAUCACGAUGACGAUGAAGAAAAUGGGUUUCUUGAUUAUCAUCUCUACAGUGCUGUUUGUGUGCGGUUCGGUGGGUGAGGCGUCGACGAACACAGAUCAGUGUACCAAGGAAUUCGACAAGGUGACGGCGUGCCUGAAUUACGCGACGGCCAAGGCGGCGACGCCGACCAAGGACUGCUGCGAUGGGGUGACGGAGUUGAAGACAAGUAAGCCAGUGUGCCUGUGUUACUUCAUACAGCAGACUCACAACGGCAGUCAGGAGAUCAAGAGCUUGGGGAUACAAGAGGCUAGGUUGCUUCAGCUGCCUUCUGCUUGCAAGCUCGCUAAUGCCUCUGUCAGUGACUGCCCAAAGCUUCUAAACAUUCCGGUAACCUCUCCGGAUUAUGCCAUUUUCACGAACUUUUCAUCAUCAAUAACGCCAACGACUACACCGGUGACAGCAGAUGACUCGAGUGGAUCCAAGCAUGGAGUACUGAACAAUGCAGGAGUAUUAGCCGCCAUAGCUACUGUCAUCGUCUUCCUCUGUGUAUUCCCAGCUGGUGUUGCGUCUUCAACGCACGCACGCGGGUGAGGAUUCAAUGAGCAUGCAGGCACUGUAAAGCCUGUGGUACUUCUUGAUUUCCCUAUUUUACCUUGUUAUGUGGAGGAAUUUAACUCUCUAAGUACUCCUAGUUUCUUUUCUGUUUUUUUUCUUUUUUUGUGUGUGUUUUCGGUAACUAGACGCUCAAGUUUUCACCACUUAUUUUAUUGUUCACUUUUUGUUCCGGCCAAAAAGGAACAUACGAUCUUUAACUUCUUGCUCAACGGAGUUUGAGUCUUAAAACUAUGAGUCCAUUUUCUAAAUGAGACAAUUUUUAAUGA